UGGAGAGAAACAGGAGAGAUCGAGAGAGAAAGAGACAGAGAGAGCACAAUAAACUAUCAUGAACAACAUUUUGGUUCAUUCUUAGCCGUGUGCUGAGCAUCUCUGCACAGGCACACACACUCUCUUCUUAGGCACUUAUUGCUAAAGAGUACGCCUCUCUCACACACACACACGCUCACAGCUAUCAGAGCUCGGCUGCUGGAUCACAGCCAUCUCGCCGAGGAGGAUCCAAGAGAGCAAGAGGAAAAGAGAGACAAAGGGAAGGAGGACGGAAGAAGGAGAGGAACGAAUAGGAAGCAGGAACGGCACGAGGAAGGAGAGACUAAACGCUUGUGUGAAGAAGAGAACGUGAGGGACAGGAGGGAGGAGAAAAAAGAGGAGGAACAGGAAACGCGAUCACUCUCGGCUCCAGCUGUCCGCGUCGCAGCAUGGGCAAUGCACCAUCCCAAGCCAACGCUGGGGCCUGUUAUCCAAAACAAGAUCCCUCAGAGCGUGGUGGCGGUCACAUGAUCUCGACAGAUGACCUGGAGUACCCGCGGGAGUACCGGACGCUGGGGAACGGGACGCGGCGUUUCUCCAACGUGGGUCUGGUGCACACCUCGGAGCACCGCCACACGGUCAUCGCAGCCCAGAGCCUGGAGGCCCUUACCAACCUGCACAAGGUGGACAUGGAGCGCAAGAGGGACGCCUUCAUGGACCACCUGAAGAACAAGUACCCGCCCCAGCUACAGCACCCCGGGCAUCAGCACCACAACCCCCCCUCGCCCUCACCCUCCCAUGGCAGCAUGAGGCAGCCUGACAGAGAGCGAGCCGCGCGCGAACAGCAACAACCCAACUACUGGAGCUUUAAGAGUCGUAGCCCACGUCACUCCCAGUCCACCCAGUCUGGGCUAGCUGACCAGGCUGCUAAGCUGUCCUUUGCCUCGGCUGAGUCUCUGGCUGAGACCAUGUCUGAGGCUGACAUCCCCCUGGGGUUCAGCCGAACCGACCGCUUCCGCCAGAGUCUGCCCCUGUCCCGCUCAGCCAGCCAGAACAAGCUGCGCUCCCCAGGCGUGCUGUUCCUGCAGUUUGGGGAUGAGACGCGGCGGGUGCACAUCACCCACGAGCUGAGCAGCCUGGACACGCUGCACGCCCUCAUCGUGCACAUGUUCCCCCAGAAGCUGACGGCGGGGAUGCUCAAGUCCUCCAACACGGCCAUCCUAAUCAAGGACGAGGCGCGCAACGUCUUCUACGAGCUGGAGGACAUCCGGGACAUCCAGGACCGCAGCAUCAUCAAGAUCUACCGCAAGGAGCCCAUCUACGCCUCCUACCCCGCCACACACCUGGUCAACGGGGACCUGAGGAGGGAUCUGGUGUACACGUCCCGAGAGUCCUCCCCCACCCGCCGCCUCAACACCCUGCCCUCCUCCUCCGCCUCGCCCCCAUCCGGCUCCCCAUCCCGCUCCCGUCUGUCUUACAGCGGGGGUCGGCCCCCCUCCUUUGCCGGGCCGGGUAGUCACCCCCAGCUACAACAACACUCCCAGCACCAGCAGCACCCCCAGCAGCACCAGCCCCAGCACUCCCACCACCCUGGAGCCGGCUCCCACCACGGGGGCCCCAACGCCGGCCUAUCCUCCUCCCCUAGCGCCAUCCUGGAGCGCCGCGACGUCAAGCCCGACGAGGAGGUUUCUGGGAAGAACAUGAUGCUGGUGAAGGAGGGGCUGUACGCCGACCCCUACAGCCUGGUACACGAGGGCCGCCUCAGCAUCGCCUCCACACAGUCGCUGGCUGCCAUCGGAGACCCCUUCGGCUUCCCCGUGUCCGGUGGGCUGUAUCGCCGCGGCUCUGUGCGCUCCCUCAGCACAUACUCUGCUGCCGCCCUGCAGGGGGAGCUGGAGGACGCCCUGUACAAGCCUGGAGGUCCCCUAUACUCCGACUCCUAUUCCUCAGCCACACUGGGCAUGGGCUUCCGCAUGCCCCCCUCCUCCCCCCAGAAGAUCCCUGAUAUGCAGCUGAGGGAUAGGGGGGACUCAUACUCUAGCUCCCCCAGCCGAGCCUCUCCGGUCAGGCAGACCUUCCGCAAGGACUCAGCCUCCUCUUCCGUGUUUGUGGAGAGCCCCAAGUCCAGGCCCAGUUCCAGCUCUGACCCUCUGGUCAUGCAGGCCGGGCCAGGAGGGGACGGGAGCAGGUUUGCACCCGGAUACAGCUCCCCACUCCCUGGAGAGACUUCUGAGUCCAGGGAGCGUCUGGAUCGUCUGGAUCGUAUGGAGGCCAUGGAGAAACAGAUAGCCAGUCUGACAGGCCUGGUUCAGAGUGUACUGACCAAAGCACCUGACAGUGACAGCACAUGCGGCCUACUGCGUCUCUGCAUGAUGGCGGGCUGCCCUCCGGACCAGGGCUCGGAGUUCUCACGGCCCUUCCCUUUCUCUUCCAGCGAGAAGACCGAAUCCAACAGUGACGGCUCCGCCACUGGAACUGGACGGCUGAAGCGGAAAGCUCUGACGCCGUCGGCCCCGCUGGCUCUGAUGCCCCCCCCUCCCACCGGAGACAGCCAGGUCACCACCGUCACCCGGCUGCAGAUGCAGCUUCACCUCCACGACCUGCAGCAGAACGCCACCGACCUGCGCAAACAACUCUCCCAGCUCCGCAAGAUGCAGCUCCAGAACCAGGAUAGUGUGACGACGCUGCUGAAAAGAACGGAGAAGGAGCUGAACGUGCGUGUGAGUGACGCUCUGAGGAAGCAGGAGGACCCUCUGCAGCGACAGCGCCUCCUGGUGGAAGAGGAGAGACUCAAGUACCUCAACGAGGAGGAGUUUAUCAUCCAGCAGCUCCAUGACCUGGAGAAGUCAGUGGAGGAUAUCCAGAAGGGUUCGUCUGUCAAUCACAAACUGGUGACGGUUCAGGAGCUGGAGGAGAAGGCCUCGCUUCUGAGGAAACUAGGAGAGACACUCACAGAGCUCAAGAACCAGUUCCCCAGUCUGCAGAGUAAGAUUCUGCAGAGUAAGACUCUAGAGUCCCCUCCCUCUCAUCGUCCCCCUCCAGACCAGUUCCCCAGUCUGCAGAACCAGUUCCCCAGUCUGCAGAGUAAGACUCUAGAGUCCCCUCCCUCUCAUCGUCCCCCUCCAGACCAGUUCCCCAGUCUGCAGAACCAGUUCCCCAGUCUGCAGAGCCACUUCCUGAAGGAGGAGCCACACAGACUGGACGCCACUAUGAAACGCUGCAAGAGCGUCACUGACACACUGACCACCAUGCGCAGGCAAGUGAACGAGGGCGUAUGGAAGAAGCAGGAGGACUUCCCCAAGCACAGCAGUGAGGACUUCCGUAAGAGUUCUGACUUUGACAUGCCCACCAGCCCCCCUCUCAACCUCAGUGACCUGAGGGGCAGCAGCAGCCUGUCUAACUGGAGCCCCCACUCCAGCCACAGCCAUAGUCACAGUCAUGGUCAUGGACCCAGCCACCCCUCCUCUGGCCCUCACAGGGACAAUCAUCCCCCUGUGCCUCACAAGGGCCGGGCCCUGGAAGAGCUGGCCAACCGCGCUGCCGCUGAUAAGGCUGUGUCUGUGGAGGUUCGACUGGCAGCAGAGCGGGACUGGGAGGAGAAGCGGGCCAGUCUGACCCAGUACAGUGCUCAAGACAUCAACCGUCUGCUGGAGGAGACCCAGGCUGAGCUGAUGAAGGCCAUCCCAGACCUGGACUUUGCCGCCAAGCAGAUCAACAAGCCCUCCUCCAACACACCCUCCCAGUCUCAGACCCCCCAGAGUGGGGGAGGGACCACAGAGCACCGCCCUACCAAGCCCCAGCACGCCACACACAAGCUCUCUGGGAAGGAACCUGGCUCCAGACGUGGUUCUGAUGCAGAGCAGCUGACAGUGACUCGCUAUCGUACAGAGAAGCCCUCGAAGUCGCCCCCUCCACCACCACCUCGACGCAGCUUCCCAUCAUCUCCGGCUGGCCUGAUCACCCGCAGCGGAGAGACCCUUAUCCCCGGCAAGAGCAUGAAGUCGGAGGCGGAGGAGGCAGAAGCACAGAAGCCCCAUGUGAAGCUGCGACGGACGGUGUCUGAAAACCCACGUCCUGCGUCCACCCCUCCCACCAUCGCCUCUGGAGACAAGGAGGAGGGAGAGGAGGACAAGAUCGCUGCUGAACUGGAGCUGUUUCAGAGAACCCCCCUCAGGCUCAGCCACCCCCCUCCCCUGUCCCUGCCCAGUGUCCCCCGCAGCAGGACCAGCGUGCCCCCCUCCAGCCUUGACCUAUGGCCCCCAGGGGCCCCGGGCACCAAGCUGUCUAGAGCAUCGUUGGACCGCUCUGGCCUACGGUGGAAGCAGGGCAGCUCAGACUGCACUGCCAGCAUACUGGCAUCACACUCACAGGCACAGAGCACGGCCCUUCCUGGUCCAUCCUUCUCUCCUGUCCCCCGGAUUGUGCUGACAGAGUGUGUGUCAGUUUCACUCUCUUCCUCAGAAGGCUUUGUCAGAGACUUGACACAGGACCAUCAGAUGUCCCCAACAGUGGACCUGUCCCAGAGCCAGACUGCUCCUCCCCAGACAGUCCCCCAGAUCCAGGAGGUCUCUAAGGGGAAGGAUCCUGUCAGCCAGCCCCAGAGAAAACCCUCUCGGCGGGGGGAGCUGAGAAUCCUGGACUUUGAGAAGGAGGAAGAGAGGGAGGAGAGAGAAGAGCUGUCCUUGGUGCUGACUGAGCUGGGGGUGAUGGUGAUGUCACCCUCGGAGGCCCAGAAGCUCAGCAGGACCUGGGGAGAGGCUCUACAGACACUCACCAUCCCACCUCAGCCUUCAGAGGAAAGCACUGAACCCCGUCUGUGUGGGGCUCCACUACUGGUACUCUUCAGGGAGUCUGUGACGGUCAGAGAGGCCUACAGGAAGCUGCAGUUACUGCUGGGCAGGGAGGAAGACACAGGGUCAACCAAGGUGGACCCCAAGCCCAGAGCAGGAUCUUCUCACUGCAGCCUGAGCAGCAGCCUCGGUACCCUGGGUUCCAGGAUAACUCUCGCCCCUGAGCAGCAGGACUCUCUGAGAGAGGUUCUGAGGAGAGGGGUGGAGACAGGGGCCAGGAACCUGAAACUCCCUCACAGCACUGGAACAAAGAGCAUUCUAGCCACCCUUCCGGAGCCCAGUCAGGACUCUGCAGAAGCAGCAGUGAAACCCAAAGGGUCUGCAGGUUGUAAGGAGAGCCAGGCCAGGGAAGAACAGGGACUGAACCCCUGGAAGCAGGGAGAGGACAUUAGGAGCAGCACCUACAGCAGGCUGGACAGCCUGGAUGAAACCAUCCGUGAGCUGGAGAACACCCUGCUGGAGCUCAGUGGCCACCCCACCACAGUGCAUCUCUCCAUCCGCACACUCCCCACUGACACUUCCUUGUCAGAGGCUCCAGCCCCAGCCCAGAUGCCUGGCACCAGCACCUCAGAGACCAAGAAGCCCCCAGUCCCACCCAAGCCCAAACCCUCCUACACUCCUGCCACGAUGACCAAGGGAGGCAACAGCUCUUCAGCUGUGGGUAAAGUCCACUCCUCGGCUGCCUCCAGACUGAAGCACCUGCAGCAGAGCGGCACAGAGAAGACCAAAACUGGCACGAGGGAAGACUUCCUCAAGGGCCAGCAGCAGGCCCAUGGGAACAGCAGCAGCAGUAUUGAGCCCCUCCUGUCAGGCACCAAAGCUGCCAGUUUCUCCAGCCGCCUGUCCUCCUCCAGUUCGGCCUCGACUGUGUUCGCCCCGGGUCUGAGGAAGUAUCCACAGGAGGGGACGCUGUCUUCCCUGACAGCCUCCUCCAGCCAGGCCAAAGCCCUGCUGGCCAGCCUGUCAGCCUCCAGCCUGUCAGCCGCCAGCCUAUCAGCCUCCAGCCUGAGCGCCGAGGCCCUGCUCCUCUCCUCCACCUUCCGCCAACACCGCUUCCUCCGCGAGCAGCAGCGCGCCUCCUCCCUGCCCCUGCCCAACGGCCGCUCCUCCAACUCCACCACCACCUCAACCACCACCUCCUCUUCCUCCUCCUCCACCUCCCCCACCUCCACCACCUCCACCCCCUCCUCCUCGCCCUCCUCCCCGACCCCCCUGACCUCCCUCAACCUCCCCUCCGUGGGGCUCAAGCCCAGCGGCCGCAGCCUGCAGUACUCCGGCUCCAACAGCUACAAGGAACGUGGCAGCAAGACCCUGCCUAAACCUGUCUCCCCUAGCAACUCACAGUGAAGUACAAGAGGAUGGAUGAGAGGAGGAGGAGGAGGAGGAAGAGGAGGAGCGCAAUCAAAGCACCAUCACAUGCCAAAAAUGAAGAGGAAAACAAACACACUAGCGCCGCCCUCUGCCCUAGCCCUCAAUUCCAAGAGUCACAUGUAGCAACACAUAUUAGUGGGGAUUUCCCCAGAGUUGACUUUCUGAGUGUCACUUUGCUGCCCUUGGUCUCAGUCCAGAAGCCAUAAUCUUCACAUAUCUAUAAUUAUACAGUACAAGAGUUGAUGGUGGUUCCUCUCUGGCUCUCCCACUCAGUAGUACUGACAGUUCCCCAGACCCCCAGAGAGAGAGCUCAAAGAUGGACCUCGGCCUCCACUCCCUCCCACUGCCUUGUCUAGUCUGGUCUGAUCCGGCCUAGUCUGGUCUGGUCUGGUCUGGGUGGACAGAAAAACAGUGCCAGUACUUUAUGAACCCUCAGUUUAUCAUCGCACCAUUUGCCAAAUCUUAUUGGAUGGAACCUAAGUGGAGUAGAUGUGAUAUCUAGACUGUGACUUAUAUUAUACAGAGUAGAGUUGCAAUAAUCAACGAGUACAGUACAGUAGCCGUGUGUGUUCAGAGCUAUAGCAGUCUUAUUCCAUCACCUGGCACAAUGUGAAUCUGUCGAAAAAAACAAAGCUAAACCAAGGUGGUGGUUUCCAUUCUGAGACCGUUUUCUGUUUGUUCCUUUCUUUAUUUCAGACUUAUUGCAUCGCCUGUGUAGAAGUCGAAACUGGUGCUAUAGUUCUCCCUGUUUUGUAAAGAGUUUACAUGAAUGAAACGGCUCCCAUUCAAUGUGACUGUACAUUCCACUGUUUAUCUAAUGCUACAUCCCUGGAGUGGCUUAAGGCUUCUUCUAUCCGGCAUCUGAUUCCAUUCUUACCCUCGUUCUCUAUGGCCGCGCUAUUAACACAGCAGUUUGGCAAUGGAAGAAAAGGCCAGGGAGCUGCUUUUGUUGAGGUCCUCUGGUUUGAGAGUCUACGCACAAUUGUAUCGCCCACAAUAGCACAUUAUAGGAACAGUAAUGUGAUGUUACAGUAGAUCAGUUAUUUAACGACUGAGCUGGUGCAAUGAAGAAGGGGGGAAAAUAAAAUAUAUUUAAACAUUGAAAUUGAUCGUUAAAGAAUGUAGAAUGUGUAGACAUGAAUGUUGCACGACAAUCAGGACGUAUCCACAGUGGACGGGUUUUGCCUUGGACUGGCGUUCCCUGCUGCAGUGAUUACACUCUGAACUCAACACACGCUCACGUGACCAGGCACGGGCACACAGCAGUAGAUGCACGCACAGUCUCCGACACGCCGGUGAGACGGAGAUCCGCCAAACUGCUAGAAAAGCACAGUCUCCAGUUGUUUUGAGUCAGAACUGUUGACUAGAUUGCCCAUUUCUCUAUUUCAUGACUGUAGAACCACUGGUCAUGAAUGAACCCACACCGGUUUGAUAAUGCAGUCCUCUAGGUAGUAAUCGAUUUGAAUGGUUAAAAGGAACCAAAUGUUCGAGAGAGAGAAACAACGGCACAAAUGAAUUCCCUUUCAAUUCAAUUCCCGGAGAUGUGGACCAGCUGAUUAUUAUUUAGCUGAUUAUUUACAAGACAUGCGGCACAAUGAGUUUCAUUUUGGCCUGUGUGUAUUUUCAGCAUUUGCUCGAGACUAAACCCACAAUGAGUUUAUCUGGACCUCCCCCGACACAGAAGCGGGCUUAGCCCACAGCUGUUGGUUUUGCAGUAGUAAGGUUGCCACUGGAAAUGGCUGCUUUUGUUCUGUGAUAUAUGUUACGGAGAAUAAUUCGGUUCAUGUACGAAAGCAGCUCCAGGGUAUAUGAGUGUUCUCCCCUUAAACCGGAGUGCUUACGCAGAUCACUGGCUCCAUUCCUCACAGCUGACUUAAGAGCUUGGAAGUGUUAUAAGGAUAGAAACACACUCAUCAAAGACGUGUCGAUGGUUUCCCUGCUGUUAAUCUUAUGCCAGCAAACACUCUGAAGCUCUCUUUCUUCUGUGAUGCGUCACCAAGGCGACCUAGGGGGUUAUGGCCGUGUGUAGUCCUAGUUCAUUCUUCAACUGUUCAGGAGACAAGUGCGUGAAAUCGAUUCUUUGUGGCAUUGAGAUGAAAACAAUUGCUUGUGAAAGAGGCCGGUCUCAAGUGCAGACAGCUUGAGGUGGGGAGAUUGGUUGUGGUUUUCAUGUUUGAAGGCUAGUGUAAUAACAAAGUGCUUUAACUCUUCUCUACUGGGUUCGUGAGGUGUAAAAGGGUUAGACAGGUUUAUCUGGACAUCAAUGUUUGACACCCUUUUGAAUUUAAGAAGGCUAUUAUUUUUUGCAACUUGCUAUCUGUGCUGUCCUUUGGGGGAGAUGUGUCUAUGAAUCAAACCCUUCUUGGAAGAGGUUCCCAAUGGACCUGUAUGUCUGACUGCCAUGGUGCUGUUAUAAUUGCACAAAAUGAUCGAUGUUGCAAUUUCCCCAUGAGAGCACAGAGUGGACCUAUCUGCAUGAACCCUCUGGAACUUUGGUUUCAUUGGCGACCCACCAAAAUACUGUUCUUGUAGGCUUAUUGCAGUACAGAUCAUGUGCACGUUUGUGUUUUACAGGCCGAGGAACCUUGGUAUGAUGGCCCAAAUCACAUCAGCGGCUCCGACAACACAUGGUUUUAAAGAUCAGAACAAAGGGGUACAUAUUGGCCCACAAACACACACACACACACACACACACACACACACACACACACACACACACACACACACACACACACACACACACACACACACACACACACACACACACACACACACACACACACACACACACACACACACACACACCACACACACCAGAGUGUGUCAGAAUGUGGCCGUGGCAUUGCAAUAAGCACACCCUCUGUUCUAUCAGCGAGGAAACCGCAAGCUCACGGCACAGCGAGUUAGUUAAGCCUCACGCUGGCUGCACUGUAGCAAUGCAGGACUCAAGCCCUGGGUUUUAUGAAGUGAAAGCCAAAUGCAAGAAAUUCACUUACUCAUUCAACUCCACACUCAAAUCCAUAACUCCCAGCGCUGCUUUUGCGUCUGGCAGGGUGAUGGGGAGGAAGUGCGGGAGGUAUUCACACUCCACUGCUUUUACCAAGGAAAGUCCAAGACGAGAACCCCAAGACUGCGUGACAAUGCUUUUUUGAGUCACCAUAGUACUAGUGUUAUUGGACAGGAGAUUUCAAUAUGGCUGAGUCUUGGAGGGGUUUAUUGGUAAUGGGGAGGAGAGGAGAGGAGAGGAGAGGAGAGGAGAGGAGAGGAGAGGAGAGGAGAGGAGAGGAGAGGAGAGAAGAGUGGAGGCACUCGUAGUGAGAGCCCCUGGCAAUCAGAGAAAUAGUUAAUGCAAACUUGAGAUGAAAAGUAGAAUAAUUAUACAUAUAUAAAUAUAUCUUCGUUAAGAUGUUUGUGUAUGAUAUUAAUAUAAUUGUGAAGAAAGUGUGACACAUAGGUCUGGAUUAAAUUAUUAUAAUGUACAAUUUAAAUCAUCCUCUUUUGGGGAUUUAUAUGAGUAGGCAUUUUGUACAGUUUUCAAUUCUUCAAGAGAGAUAAUGUAGUUCACAUUAGCAAAUUAUUUAUUCAUAAGCAGAACAUUUUUAUAUUUAUUUGAAAAUAUUUAUCUGUAUAGAAGACAGGACAGGUAUGUAAUAUACAGUGGAGCUCAUUUUUAAUUCUGGGAUAUUUUUAUUAGCACUAUUUUGAACAGUUGUGUGAGUUUCCUCUUUUGUUGGCCUGCUGGCCCAUGCUACUGGUAUGUUAAGGGAGAGGUUGCCCCUGAGCUGGUCCAGUACAAUGUCUGCUCCCAGGCCUCCACUAGCUAACAUUCAUUUUGAGGUAAGAGGAGCUGUUCCUAGACCUGUUCUUAGGGGCGUGCCUUUUCUUUGUAACUUCUGUUGGUUUACUUAGUCCUCUUCUAUUCUCUGUCCUAGUCUUUGUAUUACAUAGCGCUCCCUAUACCUGACUGAUGUGUUUUUCAACCCUGGCCGAAAAUAAAUAGCCCAUACUAGAAACCCCUCUACUGGUAUUACAUCAGCAUGGCCCAAAGUUAUUAACGGAUAAGGAUCUCAGCAUUGAAUACGUCAUUUAGGUUUCAAUGACAAACCAAGAGCCCGUAACGCGGAUAGAUAUGGAACAUUAGCUUUUUCUUCAUCAUCAUAAUCUUUGUCUAUUGAGACGUGUUUGGUUCUGUUUUGAAUAAAUGAAAGAGACAUAUGUCUAUUGUUUGACCUGCUGUCUGUGGUGUGUACAGAACUGUAUGAGGUUCUGACAUGAAUGUGUGGAUGUUGCAAAAUCUUGGCAUCGAGAAGAGAACAAGACAAAACGAUAUGUAAAUAGACUGAGUAAUUCCUAGAAAGUUCAACAAAAUAUUAUGUCCAAAAUGAUGUUAUAUUCAUUCAAAGAUGAUGGAUUACAAAGGUAUAUUAUAAAACAAUGCAUGAAAUAUCGUCAAGCAAUCGCACGGUGCAGUUGAAAAGUGUUGUCUACAUGUUUUCUUAAAAAACAGAGCGAGAUAGAAAAAGCGGUGUACCACUUUCAAGGUUCAUAACGGUAGAGAACCAGACCUUUUUACUUUGGAUCUUUCUGUGACACAGGCAUGUUCAGUCUCACUGUGAUCAGUGAUGCUACGGUGAUGAUGGCUAAGAGUGAGGAGUGUUCCCAACAAUCCCGAACGAUCCAGGAACGCUUCAACGCACCUUCACCAGAAAACCCCACCAAUUACGAUCUCCCACUUGUAGAGUAGCGUGACAUAAUCAACAAUACGAAGAAAAAAAAUAGAUCUCUAUAAAUACCUACUGAUACUGGACAUUCUCAUUUAUCAGUGCGGAUGCCAUGAUAUUCUGUGAGAAAUGUGAUUUUUCUUUUUUUCUUUUCUGUGAGAAGACUGGCAGUUGAACCUGCUUCCUUUUGUACAUACUUGCUGUGGUUGUGUGUCUAAUAAAGUGCAGCUCUCUUGUGCA